AUGAAAGCCAUGAAGUCCAUGAGACAAGCCGGCCUCACUGCGGUCUUCACUGGACAAAAUCAGAGAUCUGAUGAAGACGGGGUCCUGGAGAAGCUUCCUCACGCUGAUGUGAUCCUCGUUGACGUCGACGGCUUGGUGCCGACUCAUGACGAGAAAGGACUUCCCAUCGUGGAGUGGAAGAGACAGGUGAUGGUGCGACAGCUGCAGGUCAGGCUGCUGAACCAGGAGGAGGACAUCAAACAGGUAACAACAACAAAGUCUCACCCUUUAUUUGACAGCUACAAAUACUCAGAAGCCCACAACGCUGUCCUGGGGCCCUUUGGAGAGCUUUUAAGUGACGACGACAUAGUUUAUCUGCAAAAGCAGAUUGAAAACGUCUCAUUGCAGAAGAAGUGCGAGGCCUACGAGCUGGAGCUGACCAGACUGACCGAAGAGCUAAAAGCCAUUUUCCCUGACCCCAUUGUCAACAUUUCCCUGAACACAGAAGCCCUCCAGCAAAUGGACGCAGAGGGGAGGCGCACUCUGCAAAGCUGCCACCGCUUGGAGGCUAGCACUUACAACAGAGCUCAGAGGGAGAAGGUGCAGCAAGAGAUCCAGCAGUCUGGUGUUUCAGUGAGAAGCCUCCGAAACAACUUUGAAGGACAGAUUGGAAGUGUUUAUCCCUUUGCGGGCAUUCUGAAACAAGAUAUGGCAAACAACAACCCGUCUGUUGAUGCUAUGAGUGAGGACAGAAGCCAUGACAGGCAAUUUAAACCCCCACUUGUCAAAGAAAGCACUAGUUUGAGAAAAGAACGCAUUGUCGUGUUGUUUUUGAGCCAUUGGAAGAAGUCUGCUUACGCUAUAUCCAAGAGAGCAGCCAAGAGCAAAACAGGCAAACUUCACGCAACCACAACACAACACAAAGAGGACACCAUGCUGCACUUCUGCCAACAAAAAUGUGCCGUCGAUAAGAUGCUGAGCUCGUGGAAGACUAGGCUGGAUGUGAACGGCACGCAUGGGACACGUGGCAAGCUCCCUUCCCUCGCCUACUCCCCAGAGCAGUUUGUUCCGGGUGAGAAUGGGGAUGCAGUGACCUACGAUAGCUUGACACUCGAUCUAUUCAUGCUGGGGUACUUUCACAUCCUGGAGCAGCCGCUGUCAGCAGAAGAGAGGAAAAUGAGGCAUCUCCUGUGCUUUGAGGUGUUCGACCAUGUGGGCACGUUCCCCUGGGAGACGGUGAAAGAUUUCCAUAAAGCAGUUUUGCAGGAAAUUCAGAGCGGAAGGCGACAGUGGAGCGAUGGUUUUGAUGACAUUAAAUCGCAAUUUUUCGCAGACUCCGAGGCCUACUGCUACCCGGCUGUGUCUGUGCUGCGUGAGUCCAGGAUGGUGCCCAGUGUGAGAGUCCACUCCUCUGGCCCCGAUGAGUGCAUGGGUGGCACGGGCGUAUCCUGUUUCAACAAUGAAGAAGACAUUUGUAAAUAUAUUGAUCGUAGCUUCGCCUUCUGGAAAGAGAAGGAGGCAGAGCUGUUUGACUUUCAGCAGUCUUCUAAUGGCUAG